AUGGAUCCAUAUACUAACCUUUAUGAUGAACUAUUUGCCUUUGCAAACAAGGAAAAUAGGGCAUUACAUAAGCGCAUUCUUGCUAAAAAUGAAGAAUUAGCAAAAGUUUCGAGCGAAUGCACAGAUUUGCAGGAUAGAUUAAACGUCCUUAAUGAGCAUUUGCAAAGCGUUCAAACAGAGGUUAAAUCUACGCAAGAAUUACUUACGGCAAAAGAAGCCCAAGCUACUGAAGAACAGCAUUUACAACAAUUAAGUGAAAGAGAAUAUGGUAAAAUCGUUAGCGAAGUUGGAAAACUUGAAGAAGAAACAACAAAAGUCCAAGCUAAAAAUAGUGAAGUACAAUCAAAGAUUUUUAAGUCACAGCAAAGAAUCGAAGCAUUUAAAGAAGAAUAUGCAGCCAAUGAAGAACAAUUACAGCAGUGGAUUCAAGCUGCUCGUGAUAAAGAAGAAGACUAUCUUGUACUUCAACGUUACCAGAAAGAGGAUGAAGGUAAAAUCCGAAGUAUGCUUCUUGAAAUUGAAAAGUCCCAAGGAAUUGUUGAACAAAAAAGAGCAGAACUCGAAGCAGAAGUUACUCAAACACGUGCCCUCCAAAUUGAAUUAGAUAUGACUGCAGAACAAUUUCGAAAACUACAUGAUGAGAGAAACCAGCUUCUUUCCCAAUGGGAGAACACUCUUCAGCAACUUCAAUCAUUGAAUGUUGCAAUUGAAAAGACAACUGAAGCCUACGAUUCUCGGAAAGGCGAAACAGAUCGAAUUUCAAAUAACGUUCGUGAAGAAAAGAAGAAUCUCGAAAAGGCAGAACAGGACAACAAAGCAUUAGACCGUCGCCUUACUAUUGGUGAUCACCAGGUUACUCAAAAGCAUAAACAAUACGAAAUUGAAAACGCAAAUCUUCUUGAAUUCAGCGAAACAGUAGAAACUCAACGUCAUUCUCUUGACAAAGCAGAAAGUAAUGAACGUGCAAUCAGAGAAGAGAUUGAAGAGUUCAAGAGAAAAACCGGAUUAGAAGUUCAGAAGAAAGAAGCUUAUUUACAACGCCUUAAACUAACAAAGGAUGCACUUUAUACACAGAAGGACUCAACAGAAGAGCUUCAGCAACAAACAAAUGUAAUGAAUGAAUUCUUGAAGAAAGAAAACGAUGUUCUCAAGGAUUUGAACAAGAAGAUCGAAGACGAAAAGCAGCAAAUCUAUAAAUUAUCUCAAGCUGUCUAUGAAGAACGUAAACGUGAAAAGAAUCUUCUUGCUGAAAUGCAAGGAAGCCAAAGUCGUGCAAAGAAUCUUCAAUUAAAGAUCCAAGAGUUCGAUAGAGAAACACAGAAGCAAGAAGAGCUUAAAUACAAUUCUAAUUUCCAGAUCCAGCAGAUGGAAAGGAAGAUUUCAAGAAUUGAAGGUGAUACAACAGAAGAAGAAAAGGUAGAACUUCAAGCCAAGAUCGAACAAUUAGAAGAAACAUUAUCUCAAAAAAUGUCAGUUGAAAAGAUGCUUGGCCAGCAGUUGCAUAGGUUAGAUUUAGAUUUAAGGCAAACUUCUAGAAGGAAAGAAAGCGCUGAAAAGCAAAAGCAGGAUCUUGAAACUAAAUUAACCGAAUUAAAGUUGGACCAAGACUCUUUAGAUAAGAGCACAUUAAAGGCAAGAAGUCAGAAAGAAACAGUUCUUGUACAAAUCAACAUGUUAAGACUCCAAGUCGAAAAACUCUCCGAACAAGUUGCAGCUAAAAGUGACGAACUUAUUUCUCUUGAAAACAGACGUCAGCAACUUCAAUUAUCUAUGCAAGAAAGAGUUCUUGAAAUUGAUGCCCAUCUUUCAGCAUUAAGAACCGAACUUAAGACCGAAGAAGAAGCAAGACAUCUUGCAAUUACAGAGUUAUCAGAAAGAAAGAAGAGAAGUGAAACAUUACAAGCGAAGUUCAAAGUAAUGAUGGGCAAGUACCAAAAGGAAGGUGAAGAAGAACCAUCACAAGCUGCAAACAUCAUCAAGUUCGCUAAAGAAAGAGAAGAAGUCUCAAGGAGAGGUGAUGAAUUGGAAGCUGAAGUUACAAAAGCCGUCAAAGAGCUAAGGGCUCUUGAGAAGGCAAUGAACAAGAUCAACGGACAAAAUACAAAGUUCAGAGAAGGAUUCAAAGCCAUUGACCAAAAUGACGCAGAUAUGGAAAGAAAGAAGACAUUAGAAGAACAAAAGAAACUUGCUCAGCAGAGAUUAAAUGCUCGUCGUGCUGAUGUAAGACGUUGCAGAGAACAACAUGAAGCUCUAGAUCAGGCAUAUCAACAACAACAAGAUAAGAUCACAAGCUUACAAAAUGAAAUACAAAAGAUGAAGCCUUUCGUUGACAAAACAACAAAUGAAAACACAGAGCUCAAGGAAAAGCUUAAACGUGCAAACGUUGCACUUACAAAAGCUCGUGAGACACAUAGAAAGGCAGAAAAUAUCCCAGCAGAUGCAAAUUAUCCAGCAACUUUGUUAGAAAUGGAUAUCGAACUGAAAUUGGCUAGGACAACAAUAGAUGGUGUUGUCAGUGAGUUAACAACAUUAGCAGAGAACAAUAGGGAAAUGGAACCGAAACUAAGACUGGCUCUUUCUCAAGCUGGUAUCACUAUGAGACAAAUUCAACAACCAACAUCUUCCAAAGCAAACAUAACAAUGCCAUAUGUUGGAUCUAGACCUGCUUCAUCGGCAUCUUCCAUCAGAAGUGGUGCUUCUUCGCAGAAUUCUGCACGUUCAGGAACAUCACAGAAUUCAGCAAGAUCAGGAACUUCUCAGAACUCAGGACGCUCUGCAACAUCAAUGGCAUCGCAUCGCUCGAAUGCUAGUAGCAAAUCUAAUUUAUCAGUUCAUUCUAACAACAGUCAACUUAGUGUUGGAAGUGUUCGUAGUAAUGCUAGUAAUGCAAGCGAUCUAUCAGUUCACAGCUCUUCAUCAUCAAGACGUGCAACAACAGCUGCAGGACCAAGGAUCGCAAAGCCUGUUACUCCAAGAAGAAAUGUUAGUAAGAAGUAA